GCCAUGGAGGCGGCGGGAGCGGCUCCCGAGCCCGGCCCCGCUCCCGGCCGGCCCCGCUCCCGCUGAGCCCCGCGCUCCCCCCGGGAGGCAGCAUGAGCGGCGGCGGCUCCUCGGCACCCGGCCGCUUCGCCGACUACUUCGUCAUCUGCGGGCUGGACACCGAGACCGGGCUGGAGCCGGACGAGCUCUCCGCUUUAUGCCAGUAUAUACAGGCCUCUAAAACCCGAGAUGGUGGCAGCCGUUUCAUUUCAAGUGCAACAGAAGGGGAAAACUUUGAACAGACUCCGUUAAGACGCACAUUUAAAUCCAAAGUUCUUGCUCGCUAUCCUGAGAAUGUUGAAUGGAACCCUUUUGACCAGGAUGCAGUGGGAAUGCUGUGUAUGCCUAAAGGGCUUGCUUUCAAGACACAAGCAGAUUCCAGAGAACCUCAGUUCCACUCUUUCAUUAUUACUCGCGAAGAUGGCUCACGGACAUUUGGAUUUUCUCUCACGUUCUUUGAGGAGGUCACUAGCAAACAGAUCUGCAGUGCAAUGCAGACGUUGUAUCAUAUGCACAAUGCUGAAUAUGACAUUCUUCAUACUCCACCCACAAAUGACAAGGAGAGCUGCAGCAGCACUGGAGACUGCAAUGGCACCUCUGUUUCAAAGCUACAGCGUUUUAACUCCUAUGACAUCAGCAGAGACACACUCUACGUCUCAAAGUGCAUUUGCCUGAUUACUCCAAUGUCUUUUAUGAAAGCUUGUAAGAAAGUGCUAGAACAACUUCACCAAGCAGUGACUUCACCUCAGCCGCCACCGCUACCUUUAGAAAGCUACAUCUACAAUAUUCUCUAUGAGGUCCCUCUUCCUCCAGCAGGAAGGUCAUUAAAGUUUUCAGGUGUUUAUGGACCAAUUAUCUGCCAGAGGCCAAGCACCAGUGAACUACCAUUAUUUGAUUUUCCAGUUAAAGAAGUUUUUGAAUUGCUUGGAGUAGAAAAUGUGGUUCAACUCUUUACCUGUGCCCUCUUGGAGUUUCAGAUACUGCUUUAUUCACAGCAUUAUCAGAGGCUGAUGACUGUGGCAGAGACCAUCACCGCACUAAUGUUUCCAUUUCAGUGGCAGCAUGUGUAUGUUCCUAUCCUUCCAGCAUCCCUCCUUCAUUUUCUAGAUGCUCCAGUCCCUUACCUCAUGGGCUUGCACUCUAAUGGGCUGGAUGACAGAUCUAAGCUGGAACUUCCUCAAGAGGCUAACCUCUGCUUUGUGGAUGUAGACAACCAUUUCAUCGAGCUGCCAGAAGACCUACCCCAGUUUCCAAAUAAACUUGAGUUCAUUCAGGAAAUUUCAGAGAUACUGAUGGCUUUUGGAAUUCCACCUGAGGGAAACCUUCACUGCAGUGAAAGUGCCUCCAAGAUGAAGAGCCUCAGAGCAUGUGACCUGGUUUCUGACAAAAGAAAUGGGAACAUAGCAGGAUCACCUCUGAAUUCCUAUGAGCUGCUAAAGGAAAAUGAGACUAUUGCAAGACUCCAAGCACUUGUUAAAAGAACAGGUGUGAGUCUAGAAAAGUUGGAGGUGCGAGAGGAGACCAGUAGCAAAAAGGAUCUGAAAAUUCAGUGUGAUGAAGAAGAAUUCAAGAUUUACCAGCUGAACAUUCAGAUUCGUGAAGUUUUUGCCAACCGCUUCACACAAAUGUUUGCGGAUUACGAAGUAUUUGUCAUUCAGCCCAGCCAGGACAAGGAAUCUUGGUUUACAAACAGAGAACAGAUGCAAAACUUUGAUAAAGCAUCUUUCUUGUCGGACCAGCCUGAACCUUACUUGCCUUUCCUCUCGAGAUUCCUGGAGACCCAAAUGUUUGCAUCCUUUAUUGACAAUAAGAUUAUGUGCCAUGAUGAAGAUGAUAAAGACCCUGUUUUGAGAGUAUUUGAUUCUAGGGUGGAUAAAAUCAGGCUGCUGAACGUCAGGACGCCGACUCUGCGCACAUCCAUGUAUCAAAAGUGCACAACCAUUGAUGAGGCUGAGAAAUCUAUUGAAUUAAGGCUAGCAAAAAUAGAUCACACAGCAGUCCACCCACACCUGCUGGACAUGAAAAUUGGACAAGGGAAAUAUGAGCUUGGAUUUUUUCCCAAGCUUCAGUCUGAUGUUUUAUCCACUGGACCAGCAAGCAACAAGUGGACAAAGAGGAACGCCCCCGCUCAGUGGAGGCGGAAGGACAGACAGAAGCAGCACACAGAGCACCUGCGCCUUGACAAUGAUCAGAGAGAGCACCUGGACUUUUCCAUGUCAGAGCUUCCGUUGCAGUUAUGUUUAGACUGGGACCAGCAUGAUUGGCCCUUCAUGCCCUCUAUAAAAUCUGUGUCAGAGCAUUAUCUGAAGUAUAUCCAAGAAGCCAGGAAUUUGGGCAGCACUAUUCGGCAGCCCAAACUGUCUAACCUCUCUCCAUCGGUAAUUGCACAAACCAACUGGAAGUUUGUAGAGGGCUUGUUGAAGGAAUGCCGAAAUAAGACCAAGAGGAUGUUGGUUGAGAAAAUGGGUCGAGAAGCUGUGGAGCUGGGUCAUGGUGAAGUGAAUAUCACAGGUGUGGAAGAGAAUACCCUGAUAGCCAGUCUGUGUGACCUCUUAGAAAGGAUCUGGAGCCAUGGUCUGCAAGUCAAACAGGAUAGAAGCUGUACUGCUUUCGUCUUAGAAGACAGAGCAUCAGUAUACUCUGCUUCAACUCAGAUUUGGGCUUUUCAGACCACCAGACGGCCAACCCUUCAUAAGGGAAAGUCAGCUCUGUGGUCUCAUCUGUUACAUUACCUGGAAAACAGGCAGAGAAGAACCACAUCAGGCAGCUUCAGUACCUCAGGAAUACUUCUUGAUUCAGAAAGGCGAAAGUCUGAUACCAGUCCAGCCAUGUCACCUCUUAGAAUCUCUCUCAUCCAGGAUAUGAGGCAUAUCCAGAACAUUAGUGAGAUCAAAACAGAUGUUGGCAAGGCCAGAGCCUGGGUUCGUCUCUCUAUGGAAAAGAAGUUGCUCUCUAGGCAUCUGAAACAGCUGCUUUCAGAUCAUGAACUCACAAAAAAACUCUACAAGCGUUACGCAUUCCUCCGCUGUGAUGAUGAGAAAGAACAAUUCUUGUAUCAUCUCCUGUCAUUCAAUGCUGUUGAUUACUUUUGCUUUACCAACGUUUUCACAACAAUCUUGAUACCAUACCAUAUAUUAAUUGUUCCUAGCAAGAAACUUGGUGGCUCAAUGUUCACAGCCAAUCCUUGGAUCUGUAUCUCGGGAGAACUGGGUGAGACAGGAGUCCUGCAGAUUCCCAGGAACAUAUUAGAAAUGACUUUUGAGUGCCAGAACCUGGGAAAACUGACCACAGUGCAAAUAGGACACGAUAAUUCGGGGCUCUAUGCCAAGUGGCUCGUGGAAUAUGUUAUGGUCAGAAAUGAAAUAACAGGGCAUACUUACAAGUUUCCCUGUGGAAGGUGGCUUGGAAAGGGAAUGGACGACGGCAGCUUAGAGAGGAUCCUGGUGGGAGAGUUGCUGACUUCGCACACGGAGGCGGAUGAGCGGCAGUGCCGAACCCCUCCCCUGCAGCAGUCACCAAGCAUGAUCAGAAGAUUUGUCACUAUAUCGCCCAACAAUAAGCCAAAGUUAAAUACUGGUCAGAUACAAGAAGCUAUUGGUGAAGCUGUUAAUGGGAUUGUCAAGCAUUUCCACAAGCCAGAGAAGGAGAGGGGCAGUCUGACGCUGCUGCUGUGUGGAGAAAGUGGACUUGUGUCAGCUCUUGAGCAGGUGUUUCAGCAUGGAUUUAAGUCACCAAGACUCUUCAAAAACGUCUUUAUUUGGGAUUUUUUAGAAAAAGCACAAACAUACUAUGAGACCCUGGAGCAGAAUGAGAUGGUCCCAGAAGAGAACUGGCAGACAAGGGCCAGGAAUUUCUGUCGCUUUAUCACUGCUAUCAACAACACCCCAAGAAACAUUGGGAAGGAUGGCAAGUUUCAGAUGCUGGUGUGUCUUGGAGCCAGAGACCACCUUUUGCACCAUUGGAUUGCCCUGCUUGCAGACUGCCCAAUUACAGCACAGAUGUAUGAAGAGAUAGCACUGAUCAAGGAUCACACGCUGGUGAAUUCUUUGAUUCGAGUGCUGCAGACCUUGCAGGAGUUCAACAUCACGCUGGAGGCAUCUCUCGUCAAAGGAAUCGACAUUUGACCUCUUGCCCCACAGGAAAAACUGUCUUUACAAAAACAAAAAAAGCAACAAGGAGUGAAUCUCGUUAGUAUGCAAAAGUUCUGUCUUGCCAGUACGUUGUAUCGUGAACUUGUUCAUGGCCCAAAAAUGCAACUUUGACUUUUCUUGAAGGAAACUCCAAAAAUAGUACAGGCAAAUGGAUAAAAGCUGUAAACUCAUUGUAAAAAAGAGGAUUUUGGUAUAAAUCUAUUUUAGAGUUUAUUUGCUGAUUUGCUUUUUACACACUUUCAUGUGAAAGAGAUAGAGAUGAGUAUUGUGCAGCUUAUUUUAAAGCUGCAGUAUUUCCUUGCCAUAGAAAAUGUGCAGUGAGCCUUUCAGCAUUCUGUGAACCUGCCUUCAGAUAUGCUGUAUGUCAUAGACCCCAAUGUAUACACUCCAUUUCUGCUGAGAAGGUCAUUCUAUAGUUUUUAAACUAAUAUUUUAUAUAUUAACAUUAUUACCAAUGUUUGAUUUUUAACGUAUUGGGUCAUGUUCUGCUGCAAGGGAACUACAAAUCUGAUGUGUGCUUUUUUUUUAAAUAGCUCCAAAGCACUGAUUAGUCAGCAAUUAUUUUUUUCCUUUAUUUUUGUUGUCAGUAUUAUUUUUAGUGAAAUUCAGGAGACUGAACCGUGAAAUGUCCAGAGAUCAAAGUAAUAUUUUUCAUAUUGGUACGUAAUUGCACAGAAGAAGAAAUUAAAUCUGUUUUUUAACUGAUGUUUUUAUUUAUUUAACCUAUCAUUGUGUUUUGUAAGUUUGUCUUUAAAAAAAAAAAAUCUAUGAUACAACUGGCUAAAUUAUGUUGCAAUUCAGAUUUUACAGUGUAGCCCACUUAAAUGAAAAACCUGAAAUAAUUGUUCAUAACACAAAAAUAUUUCCACUUAAACCAGCCUUUUGAAGUUUGGUAUAUGGUUGCUGCUGGUAAUUCUCUUAACUGCUAAUAAAGAGGGACACGAGUUCCCCAAAUACCAUAUGACUAAAUAAAUAUGUUUAUGCCCCCCUCCCGAAAUAAUAAUGGUAUACCUUACUAACAAAUACAAGGAUUCCUUAAUGUUUCUGAAAAGACAGUGAGUAUUGAGGCUUUUUCUUUUCUUUUCGAAUGCAUAUGUCUUAGAUCCUGUUGUCACAGUCUGCUUCAUUUGGGAUGCUUUGUUUUUAGCAGAGAAAGCUUUACUCCAUUUCUGCUAUAAAACACAAACAUUUUGAAAGCUUAAUUUAUUGGAGAUCUGGAACUUGGCAACUGCCUAAAGGCAUCUCUGUUCAUUUGAAUCCUCUGAUAAAAAUCUCUUUGAAAUGAAUAUGUGACUUAAGAACAGGCUGAUUUAUCAGCGUCACAAAUUACUGUACAGAAGUUCAGGGCUGUGUAUUUAAGAGGUCUCCACUGUAUAAACUUAUCUCAGUAUUGUCUCUCUUUUGAGAAGCAGAGUCCAAGUUUUUUUUGUUCAUACAAUGUUGUAGCACUUUUCCUUUACCUACAGCUUAGUCACAUCUUGUGAUAGUUUUACUUCCAUAAUUUAUGAGUAUAGCACAUGUAUUAAAUUUUGACUGUUUUUACUUUUGUCCUAUUUAUUUCAUUAUUAAAUGGAGAAGUUCCUUUGUCACUACUUAUCAGAGCAAGAUUCUUCUUUGAUUUCACAGUAGCAUUAGGAAGAUGUGAGGGCAGUGUCCAAGCCACUCCUCACAUGGGAUGGGUGUGAAAUCUUUCACAGUCUGGAGCUUACAGGAGCAUUUCACAGAAGUAUUUUGUGUGUACAGGUAUGGUUUUGUUGUUUUGGGGUUUUUUUUUCAGCUUUGGAAGGGCAAAAAUAAAACAGUUGUACUUCAUUCUAAGAAUUUGAUGUAUUCAACUUAAUAUGUUGGGAUAAUCUUUAUACACUUGCACAAAAUUGCUUGUUGAUGCAUUCAUAAUAGCAAAAAUAAUUUUUUUACAGUGCUUUCUCUAAGGCCUCUGCAUUUCACAGGGAAUUUAUCUACCUAAGAAAGGAGGGUUCCAUAUCUUGACCUUAGUAGAUUAGUUGAUUCUGUUAAAACCUGUUAUCUCAGAGUAUUAAAUAUGGAUUAAUUUUAUCUUGCAUGAGGUAAUUACCCUGAAUUAAGGUUAUUUUCUUUUUUUUUUUUCCUCUUUACACAAGUUCACCUGGUGUGACAUGAUACCAUUGGUUGAAUGGCUGUUUUGAUGCGGAUCUUUUUGGCCUCAUUAUGAAAGCUGGCGAUGCCUGGAUGGAUAGAGGUUGGGGUUUGCUGAUUGCCGAGUAUUGGGAACCCAGAGGGUGGCUGAUGAUUGGAGCUGUCCAUCAGUGACAGCACCCUGUGUACUGGCUGUCCAGGUGCAAAAGGAAGUCACAGAGGUCAUCUUCCCAGCUCCUCAGUUACUUUAUUUUCACAGGAAAAGCCACUUAGAUAUAGACCCCUCCUCUUUCUCUCACUGGGGGCCUAUGCUUAAUCCUGUUAGGAUUCAAAGCACUUUUUGCUAAGGACUUCCAAGCGUAGAAGGAUUUGCUCCACUCAAGGACCAAUAGAAGGUUCUAAAAUGCAGCAGAAAAAAACCUGGUUUGGUUAGAUCCAUAAGCAACCAAGGAGGGCUGAGAUAUUAAAUACAGCUGUGUGGUAGCCUGUGCUAGGGUUUUGGGAAGAGAUUUGGCUGGCAUGUCUAAGAAUGGUCCGGUCUGUAGCAGCAGCCGUAAUCUCUGCCUCUCUUCAGUGUUUACCACAAACCAACCUACUUCUUUCAUGGGUGUUCCUGGUGUGAAUCCCACAGAGUGAGGUUAGGAUCCAGCAUUCGCUCUUUCCAUGCAAUUCUGAACUAGAUGACUGUGUAAGAACAAAUGGUGUAGUCAGCACCUUUUUAACUAGAGCUUUAUAAAAUUCGUCUCCCUUUGCUCAGAAUAAUACAGUUGUAAUGUUUUUCUCCCUGUUUCUAAAAUAAGGGGGCAGGUUUGGUAGGGGCAGGUUAAUGUGGCUGUGCUGUUCUGUUGUUUGGUAGGGAUUUUUUGGUAACAGUUAAUGGGGAAAGAUUUCUUUUUUAAUAGCACAUAUGCAUUCUGUAGAAAGAAAUACAAUGAUGAAAAAUAAGCAGUUCAUAAUGCAGUAAAUAUAUAGUGCUACAUUGGCCAAACAUGUUUACAGGCUGAUACCUGAUUUGAAGGGAAAAAAAUAGGCUAUUGCCUAUCAAUUAUUUAUGCUUCUUUGAUUAAUGCUGUCAGAGUUCAUACAGUGAUACUUUAUACAGAAAAGAAAAUGCUAAUUAAUAAAAACUUGAUUUCAAUGUAAAGAAAUACUAUGAUGAUAAGUUUAUACAAAAAAAGCCUUUACCUACCGUAAAUUUUAACAUCUGACGUUCUGUAGCUGAAAGCAUAUUCAUGAACUGGAGACUCUUCCGCAACUUUUUCCAUUACAAAAAAGUGUUUUUCAAAUUGGACCUACUAGCUGAAUGAUCCACAUUUUUUAUGUGUUUUGAAUUCAUGAAUAUGUUAAGAUUUCUGCAGUGGAACUAUUCAGAGUUAACUUUUUCUGUAUAUUGUCAAAUGAUCUUUGUCCGUAGUGCAAGAUACUAUAGGAUACUUGAAAAUACUUGAAGAUAUUGUACACGUACUUCACAUCUUUGUAGUUCUUUAUUUUAUACCUAGAGAUUGGCUGUUAAACUAAGAUAAAGCAUCAGUACCUUAUAAACUAUAUAUUUUACUACAUGGGGAAAUCACAGGCUUGGUUUUUUUAAGGGCCACGUUGAAGUUUACAUUAUAAUGACAAAACCAGGUACUGUUUUCCUUUUUUAUUUUUCCUGUGCCAUUUCAAUCCAUUGGACAUUAAAUGUGAAUUGGAUAUACAAA